AUGGGCGCGGCGGAACGCUUCAAACUUCUGUUCGAAGAUGAUGAUGCUAUCCUCCAGAUUGACACUGGUCUCCGUUCUCUCAAGCCAGCAGCACCGCCAGCCGUUGACCAGGCACCUCCUCUGCUAGAGGAGACUGUCAACCAAGUGGCCAAGCUCACCAUCUCUACUACAGAUGGAAAAGAGCCCAUUACAGCCGCCCAAGGCUCUGAUGUUCCCAGUCCCCACGACGGCACCUUCUGCCCCUUGGUGGCAUUGUCUAGGUUCCCGUACCAUCACAUCCGUGGUGAACUUAUGCAGAAGGUGGCAGGCAAGUUCUUCGAUAGGGGUCAGUUCUGGGAUAGGCAAUGGGACCUAUACUACAUUCAUGCACCUCAUCGUCUGGGCGGCCGUCCUCUGCUGCUCGCCCCGACAUGCCAGGCCCGGAAGCUCUUUCGUGAAAUCAAUAGGAGUUUUAGCUGCUCCCAAAACAUUCCAUCUGGGCUAGUUCUCAAUUUCAACCGGGAGGGUUUCCCUCAGCCGACCUUUCUAGGACAGUCGGACAACCGAAACAUGAAAGACCGCCUAGAGGGGACUAUUCCGGUUGAAAGCAAUCUCAGAAUCACACCUGGCGAUAUGAACAAGGAGGAGAUGAUGGCGUUCGAGAAGAUGAUGGAAGAUGCUUUAUCGGCAAAGACCAAGACCAAGUCUAAAGCCAAAAAGCAGCGUCUCCGCGUCCAGCGCGACAUGGACACUGGUGGUGCCAUCAGGCGCUCACAGUGCUACCUCGGCUUGCGUUCAGACCACUUGGAUCUUAUUGACAUUCAGUGGGAUAAACAGCCAGUGGAAACUCCGCAACCUACCUUCGACAAGCCCGUACCCUACCCGUUUUGGACUGAGCCCGUCUUUAUCAGCCUCGAUGUCGAAGUGCACGAACGCAGCCACUCACAGGUCACAGAGAUUGGCAUCUCAACUCUUGAUACCCGCAGUCUUGUUGGUGUUUCCCCGGGCUUGAACGGCGAACAGUGGCAGUCGCUCAUUCAGUCUCGCCAUCUGCGAGUACAAGAGUACGCCAACCACGCGAACCACUUGUAUAUCCGCGGUUGCCCGGACAAGUUCGAAUUCGGGACCAGUGAAUGGGUUGCAUCAGUCGACAUCUCGAAAGCAGUACAGGAUUGUUUCGCGCAUCCUUCUUUCUUCGACGGGCCUGACAAGAACCUCCGCCCUCUCGUACUUGUGGGACAUAACCUCGAGUCUGAUAUUCAGUUCCUCGAGCUCGCAAAUGUGCAUAUCCUGGGGAAGUCAGGAUCCUCUCAGUUUGCGGACCGUAUUGACACCGCAACGUCCUUCCAGCUGCUUCGCGGGGAGACCGAGCCACGCUCACUUGGGGCAGUCAUUGGGGAGCUGGGUAUGACUGGCUGGAACUUGCACAAUGCUGGCAACGAUGCACGUUACACUCUGCAAGCCUUGGUUGCCAUGCUGGUAAAGCAUAGCAUUGAAGGACUGACCUGCACACCGAAGCCUGAAGAAGCCGCUCAUGUUUGUGUUGAUCUUGGCGAUUAA